CUCCUGUCGCUGCCUAUUUCACAUCCAAGUUCGGAACACGACCAAUUUUGAUGGCAUCCGGGGCUUUUGCUGCUUCCGGAGUUCUGCUUCUCUCCCAGGCAAACCACAUAUCACUGGUGGGGAUUGGAAUCGGAGCAGUAACAUCUACUAUGCAAGCAACUGUCUAUGCAUCAACUGUGCUGCUAAUACGUCGGAACUUUCACCGUCACUACGCCCUGGCCCACGGUAUGGUCACUUCCGGUUACAGCUGAGGACUCUUCGUCUUUCCACCUAUCCUGGAGGCCCUAAGCCUCACCUACAGCUGGCGUGGUACGUGCUUUAUUGCAUCAGGGAUCAUGUUUCAUACGGUCCUCAUGGGUGCACUGACGAAGUCACCUAGGACUCGAGAGGGCGAUGUGGAAACAGAGGUUGGCGACAAAGCAAGUAACCGACCGGUUAGAGAUAGCCAGCAGGAUAUCAGAACGAGGAAUGGAAUGUUGUUGGAUUGUAACGAUCCGUCGGGCAGUGCUGACCCUGGGUGUAAUGGCGAUGCACAGCGCAAUGUUGAGGUCGAGGAAGGUAGUGUCGAUAGAAUCGAUUAUGAUUUGCAUGCUUCAGCAGAAAAUAAUGCUGAAGAUCAUACGAUCAGUAGGUCCGAUCUUGUAGAGAAUAAUGCACUCUCUACCCCGGAAACAAGACAUGUUGAAGUACCUGAAGGGGGAUAUACAUGUAAGAACAAUGCAUUCACCGCUGUCGAAGAUCCACUUGAUGGUAAUCCCGAUCAAAAGAGCCUCAACCUCGACCAACCAUCGACAAUACACGUAUGCAACACGGAUAGAAUAAUGGUGUCAGGAGUGGAAUCAAAUCAAAACUGUAGAUGCUUACAGAGUGCGAUUGCUGGGAACUACCACACCUUUGUCAUCUACACACUUUCCAUGUUCUCCACAACGGUAGGGUACAGUAUAUUCUUAGUCCAUGUCUCCACUUCGUUCAAGGAAUUCGGAGUAGAUUUAAAGAAUAUUGCAGCAGCUCUCUCUGUCUUCGCUGCGUUCAGUCUCAUAGGCCGGGUGUCUUAUAGCUUGUUUGUCUCGAGGGGGAUCUCUCCUGCACAACUGAUCAUUCUGGCUGCGAUCCUGGCGUUCGUGUCCAUCAUGGGGAUGUAUCUAUUGCAACUGUUUCCUCUACGAGCUACUGCCAGCGCGCUCUUCGGGAUAGGAACUGGCGUUUCCACCACCUUAUUUUAUGUCUUUCAUCGGGAGAUAGUAGACCCUAAAGUGGACGUCAAGACCCUCUCCAUAUUCAUAUUUGUAGAAGGUUUGGCUGGACCAGCAGUAGGUGCAUUAGGAGGUAAGAUUUGUGUUUACUCCAAAACCGACCCAGCCAAAAAGAAACAAUUUGUACAAGCUAAAAAAGCCAACACUUUGCGGUCUCGAUGACGAGUGAGUCAUAACACGAUCCAUCUCCCAAUGAAUGAGGAUUGUUCGAUACCCUAUUGCAGGGGUUCUCAAACUUUUUCUUUACAGGGCCAGAUGAGACUCGAAAUAAACCUGAAAGGGCUAGGGUGAAGUGGAUACUUAGAACAAAAAAUUGUGCGCGAAGCGCGAAGACCUUUGCGGUCGGGGUCCUAGAUGCUUCCUGGUGCAAUCUGGCCCUUAUUUUGGGAGAAUUUAAUAAAAAAAAUUAUCGCAGUUUCAGAUGGAACACAGGCAAAAUUAGAAAAAAAUUCAAAAUACAUCGAGAGUCAAUAUAGUAUAGACAACAAAAUUGUUGUACUUUGUUAAAAGGAAUGUAGAUUGUACCUGUGUCAAUUUUAACACAUACCUGGAAUUUAAGAGACAGAUAAUGUUUUGUAGUAGGCCUAUCAAUAUUUUUUGUAGUCAAAGUAGAUAGGUCAACACAUUGGCCUUGUGCUCGAUGGGGGCAAAAUGAAUGCAUACUGUCUUGUCUGUCCAUUCUUCAUGGAAAACACCACCUAUGCCAUCUUGACCUGGCUAACAAUUAAUGAUGACUAAUGUACAGGGGUCGCGGAACGGUUUUCAAAAGGGGGGGGGGCUGACUAUGCAAAAAAAACCACAAUCAUAUGGUCAUUUUUACGUUUUUGUACACGGUUUUGGAAAAAAAGUGGGGGGGGGGGGGGGGGGGCUUCAGCCCCCCUCCCAGCUCCCCCCCCCCCCCCGCGGCCCCUGAUGUACCCAAACCAAAUUGAUCGCGUGUUGGAAUGAAUGCGCACAUGACUUGUUUUCAAAUGCAACGUGUUAUCCGACGUUUGACGUGAAACUACCUUUUUCAAUGUAGCGCCGCGCUAACUUUGUUUAAAAGUCAACUUGACUGCCAUUACAUUUAUUACGGUUUCAAGGAUACACAAUGUAAUCAUAUUAAGGUAUGUUUCAUAUUGUGAAUUAAAAGUGAUUAAAAAAAACAGCUCGCGCGCCGGAUGCGCGUUUCCGUUUUACACCCUGGCGAAGGCAAUCUCCGCAAAAAUAGCUACAAAGCGACUAGUGAAGAGUCUACACACGUCGCUGGUUAGCGAGUCUCAGCUCCUACCACCGCAUGCAAACUACGGCCACUGUUCAGGUAGUGGCUACGUAUACACGGCCCUGCAUGUACAGAGCUAGAGAGCAGUCAUACGAAUUAUAUCCGAACAUGUUUUACAGUGGCGUUUGUAUACACAAGGAGGUAAAAAAAACCUAGAAUUCGGGCAAUAGCCAAAAUUAAUUUAGUAAGCGGUAAUACUAAUUAUAAGACAAAAAAAUAGUACAAAACGAAGGAGAAUCUACAUCAUCCAGUUGUUUCCACUCAUAAUUGUUUCAAAAUGAUUCCAAUACUAGUUCUAGCUACUACUCCUACUACCACCGAUACUACUACUGCUUCUAGCUUCUACAACAACAACAACAACUACUACUACUACUAUACUACUCACUAAUAAUAAUAAUGUAAUAUUGAUACUAGUGAUGAAGAAGAAGAUAAAGAUGAAGAAGAAGAUAAAGAUGAAGAAGAAGACCGAAGAACAAAAAAUACAAUACUUAAAUGAUUAAUAAUACUAUAACUACUACUACUAUACUACUAAUACUGUUCAUAACAAUGACGCUAACAAUAAUAAUAAUGAUGCUGAUAAUAAUAAUAGUGAUAAUGAUAAAAGUAAUGAUAAUAAUAUUGAUAACAAACUAUGCAAUUUAUGAUUAACAAUCUUAUAACAGUUUCAAAAUGAUGCUAAUGAUAAUAAAGUAUACUACUGCUACUACUAAUCAUGAUAAACAUAUGAUAAUAAUAAUAAUAAUAAUAGUAGCAAUAACAAUGAUAAAUGUAUAACUACAUUAACUACUACAUGGCUAUGACGACUACUACUACGACGACGACGGCGACCAACAACGGUGACGGAAUGUCAUCCUCUUCUUCCAUGAUAGUGAGAGGGCAAAUUACCAGCAAUUCGGCAAAAGCAAAUGAUCAAGGCAAACAUUCGUGUUGAACCUGUAUAGUUGUUUUUUUUUUAACAUUUUUUUUAAAUUUCAAUAUAUAAUCAAACAUAUCAUGUAUCACAAAACAUUACAAGCCGAAACAAAUAUUGCAAAUAAUUAUUAAAGGUAACAUUUGAUCACACUUACUGAAAAUUACAUAAUAACAUAAGACUAAUAUUACAAAACAUUGUUUAAUACAUUUACAUACUCGG